AUGACAAUCGAGCUGCAGGCUCGGCCGUCGGGGACGACAACGAUGACGACACCGCGCAUGGUGGCGGGGCUGCCGGCGGGGUUCCGGUUCCACCCGACGGACGAGGAGCUAAUCAUGCACUACCUCCGGCGGCGCGCAGCUUCAGCGCCGUGCCCGGCUGCCAUCAUCGCGGAGGUGGACAUCUACAAGCUGGACCCCUGGGACCUCCCCUCGAGGGCGGUGUUCGGGCAGCCGGAUGGCAACGAGUGGUACUUCUUCAGCCCCCGCGACCGCAAGUACCCCAACGGUGUCCGCCCCAACCGCGCUGCCGGGUCUGGGUACUGGAAGGCCACCGGCACCGACAAGCCCAUCACCGCCGGCAGCGUGCCGGGUGGUGAGAUGGUCGGCGUGAAGAAGGCGCUGGUGUUCUACCAGGGUCGGCCGCCCAAGGGGAUGAAGACCAACUGGAUCAUGCACGAGUACCGCCUAGCCGCCGCCGUCAACACGUACCAGCCGCCCGCCAAAUUCAAGGCCUCGUCCUCCAUGAGGCUGGACGACUGGGUCCUGUGCAGGAUCUACAGGAAGCCCAACCAGCAGCUGUCACCGUUCUACGACCCGUCUCCGUCGCCGCCGUCCAUGGACGCCGGCGGCCACCGCCACCGCCACUACCAGCAGCAAGAGGAGGACUCGACCUCCUCCUCUAGGAUGUUGCCCAGGGCUCCGUCCAUCUCUGACUACCUCGUCGACUACCCUGCUGUCUCCGAGCUCUUCGACACCAUGCCGGCGCCGCCAGAGCCCGAACUAAGCUCCGGCGCCAGCCGGCUCUUCGUCAGCAGCAUCAACCGCGGCGAGGACAGCACGGAGCGGAAGAGGCAGACGCCAACGGAGUAUAUUAAUGAUGAUGGGGGUGAUAUGUCAUCGCUGCGUGCUUCCAAGAGGUUGUUGAGCAGCGAUGUGUCCAUGACGACGAUGAACAACACCUACUCCAUGUUUGGGCCGGAUCAGCCUUCUUCCCAGGACAGGAUAUGACUGAUGAUCUCUAAUUAGGGCUAGGAGAAAGAUAGGCAGCUAGCGAAUUGACUAUAGACACAUUCAUUAUUCAAUACUGAUGCCGGUCGAUCGAUCCAGGAAAGAUCUAUUACUUGUGCAUGAUUUAUACUUAGAUCAGACUGAAGUAUAUUGUAUACAAUUAGUGUAACAUAGUGUAUAGGAUUAUUCGCAGGAGAAUAUGUAAGAAGGACUUA